AUGUUGCAUCUGAAAGAUACCGUGCGGAACAAUGUCAUUGCCGUUGUGGGAGAAUUUGUCGGGACCUUCCUGUUCUUGUUCUUUUCCUUCGCGGGCACUCAGGUGUCCAAUACGCCCAAGCCGGUGGACGGUGCUCCGCCGAAUACCUCAAACUUGCUCUAUUCUUCCUUGUCAUUCGGAUUUUCCUUGAUGGUCAACGUCUGGGCCUUUUACCGUGUGACGGGCGGUCUCUUCAAUCCAGCGGUCACCCUGGCCCUAUGCCUCGUGGGCGGCCUGUCACCCCUCCGUGGGGUCCUAGUCUUCGCGGCUCAGAUUGUGGGCGGCAUUGCGUCGGCAGGUGUGGUCAGCGCCCUGUUUCCAGGCGACUUGAACGUUGGAACCCGUCUGGGAGGAGGCGCCUCCAUCUCGCAAGGGCUGUUUAUUGAGAUGUUCCUCACCGCGCAACUUGUCUUUGUGAUCAUCAUGUUGGCGGUGGUGAAACACAAGUCCACCUUUCUGGCUCCGGUCGGAAUUGGUCUAGUCUUCUUCGUCACGGAAAUGAUUGGCGACUACUAUACCGGCGGCUCCCUCAAUCCCGCGCGCUCUCUCGGCCCGGACGUCAUCAACCGCAGCUUCCCAGGCUAUCAUUGGAUCUACUGGGUUGGCCCAUUGCUGGGUUCCUUAUUGGCAUGUGGCUUCUUCGGUCUCUUGAAGAUGAUGGAAUACCAGACUGCCAAUCCCGGACAGGACUAUAACGAGUGGGAAGCCAAGAACGGCCCCGGAUCCUUGGACGUGCCGGCGAACCGACCGUCGGUCCAAUUCUCUGACACGUCCACAUUAAACCACGGGCAUUCGCCAACGAAUGGCCAUGGCGCGCAACCGCAACCCGUCAACGGUGCAGAGCAGGUUUGA